UUUACUGUUUAUUUCUGCCUGAACAUGAAGAGACGUGAUGAAUGUUGUCAGCUGGUGAAGUUACUGCAGCUCCAGUCUGAGCUAAACAGCAGCAGACGGAACAUUUCUUCAUCCUGAAGGACGGUUGGCGUCGAGGAUGUUGGGGCUCAGGUGCAUCGUGGGUGAUCUGCGUGGAGGAGGAAGACUCCUGAGAAGUCUUCCUCACCUGCAGAAGACGUUUGUCUCCACGCCGCCUCUGACGUCAGAGGGUCAACACAUCAGACUUCUUCAUCAUCAUCAUCAUCACCGUCGUCUUCCUGUGCUGACUCAGAGGAGCUUCCUGUCUCAGGGUCAGAACUCGUCGUCGGUUCGCUCGGCGAGGAUGAAGCUGCGGACUCGGGCGGCGGUGACGCUGCUGUUCGGCGGCGGGCUGCUGGCCGUGUGGUGGUUCGUGGACGCGGAGAAGCAGCAGCGGCGGCGGCGGCAGCGCGUGGAGCAGCUGCAGCGCGUCGCUCUGGGUCAGGGCAACUUCAGCCUGCUGGACCACCGGGGGCAGCGCAGGACCAAGCAGGACUUCCUGGGCAGCUGGGUGCUGCUGUACUUCGGCUUCACGCACUGCCCCGACAUCUGCCCCGAAGAGCUGGACAAGCUGAGCGCCGUGGUGGCGGCGCUGGACCGCGACCCCUCGCUGCCGCCCGUGCAGCCCCUCUUCAUCACCGUGGACCCGGAGCGCGACGACGUGCCGGCGCUGGCCCGCUACGUCAAAGACUUCCACCCCCGCCUGGUGGCGAUGACGGGCACGCCGGAGGAGGUGAAAGAUGCGGGGCGGGACUACAGAGUGUACGCCAGCCCCGGGCCCAAGGACGAGGACGGAGACUACAUCGUGGAUCACACCAUCCUGAUCUACCUGGUCAGUCCCGACGGCCUGUUUCUGGAUUAUUACAACAGGAUGAAGAACCAGGAGCAGAUCGCAGAGAGCGUCCGCAACCACAUCAACACCUACGUUCAGCCGUCAGCAGCUCAAACUCAACGAUGAAACGUCUGAAAUAUAUUUAUAUGUUUCCUGUUUCCUGGAAACAAACAUGUUUGUUGUAUGAAACAAAAACUCUGGAAUUAAA